UCAUUGUUCCGUAGCAUUUUAGCCACCACACCAGAGAUUGCGGGAAGACAGACGGUGGGGGGUGUUCAUUCACGGGCUUCUCGAAAUUUCAGCUCCACGUCCCCUUUACCAGAGAACAUAUUUUCCGAUAAUAGGGCGUUGUUUGGGCUGCAGUCGUCCAAAACGGAGCAAUCGCAACCCGAGAGGGGUUUUCUUCUACGAUUUUCUCGUCGUUGUUAUCUGUGAGCGGCAGGCGACGCACGCUGAUGGCGGUCACUAUCGAGGAUCUCUAUCGGAGCUACGGGAUCCUUGCUGAUGCCAAGGACAACCUCAGCCAGCACAAAGAUGCCUACCAAGUAAUCUUGGAUGGUGUGAAGGGUGGCCCUAAGGAGAAGCGCCUGGCUGCGCAGUUUAUUCCCAAGUUCUUCAGCAGCUUUCCGGAACUGGCCGAUGCAGCCAUUAAUGCUCAGCUUGAUCUCUGUGAAGAUGAGGAUGUGUCGAUUCGACGACAGGCAAUCAAGGAGCUCCCACGGUUUGCAACUGGCGAGAACAUCCUCAGAGUUGCAGAUAUUCUCACCCAGCUCCUUCAGACAGAUGAUACAGCAGAGUUCAACCAAGUGAAUGCAGCACUUGUUUCUAUCUUCAAGAUGGAUGCUAAGGGUACUCUCGGAGGCCUCUUCUCUCAGAUCCUGCAGGGAGAGGACAUAGUGCGGGAAAGGGCGAUCAAGUUUCUGUCAGCCAAACUGAAGACCCUGCCAGAAGACGUCAUGACAAAGGAGGUGGAGGACUACGUCUUUGCAGAGACAAAGAAGGUAAUGGAGGACGUGACUGGAGAGGAGUUUGUGCUGUUGAUGCGUGUAGUGUCAGGCCUGCGGGUGCUGCAGACAGUGAACGGGCGGCAGCAGCUGGUCGAGCUGGUGGUGGAGCAGGCUUUCCUGGAGCAGGCCCUCAACCCAGCUGACCCCGAUACUGUUGACCGCCUACUUCAGUGCACGCGCCAGGCCCUGCCCCUAUUCUCUAAAAAUGUCCAUUCCACACGUUUUGUAACCUACUUCUGUGAACACGUCCUGCCCAACCUCAGCACCCUGACAAGUCCUGUGGCUGAGCUGGACAUUCAGUUGGAGGUGAGUUCUUCAUUGUACUGACUAAUGAGAAAUUGGCUCUUGGACAUCA